CAAUCAGAAGUCCACUAGGGGGCGCCAAGAUUUUGUUUUGCUUUUUGGAUUUUUACAUUUUCCAGAGAGAUUUAGUGAUGCAGCUCUUGUAUGGCAUCCCAUUAAGAAAGGCCUGUGUGUGUGUUAUGAGGAAUCCCACUUGUGUUCUAGGCAGGACAAGCUCUGCUGCAAUAUGAUUGGUUGCUCUAUCCUGGCACAACAUGCCCAAGUGCUUCCAGACAGGAAUUGAUAUGAAUCCCACUAACCGUAACCCACCCAAAUCAGCCUAGUACUAACCCAUCCUAAUCCUAACUGUAACCCCAUCUGAACCCCACCAAACCUCUUGUGUUUUUCUUUUGCACAAAUGUGACCCAUAUUCGGCUGGCCAUCUCGUUCCAUCUGUGCAGCCUUGCCCUUCCUGCCACGCGGGACCCAAUCAGGUUGCAGUGAGGCGUGUCUGGCCUGGAACGCGACCCAAUCAGGUUGCAGUGAGGCGUGUCUGGCCUGGAACGUCAGUGGGAAGUCUUGGAAGGCUAGGACAGCCGAAGCUAGCCAGGCUAACUGCUAUUCUCAUCCACAACCAUUUAAAAAAAAAAAAGUGCUUUUGAGCAUAACGUGCGGGCAGGACGUCCUUUGCGCGACGGGAGGCAGUCAAGCAGAGAGCCGCGACACGAUGUCUGACAAACAGUCCACAGACGUUUCACUUCGUUUUUCUUGAUAAGCGCACACAGCACCGUGUCGGAGUACCUUUGCCUUUGUCGGUGUCAAUAAAGCAUCGGAGCCGCCGAGAACUAGAGUGGACGCACUGCGUUGAGUUAAGUACAGAAAUGAAUAGACGAAAGGCAUAUCUUGCAGAUGAAUACUGGUCCAAAUCAAGGUUUAGUUCCAUUUCCCCCCCCCUGAUUCAUCAGAGCAACACUGGGCAAACUCCUUUGAAAAUGAGGUUCAGCCAUUGAUAGAAGACUCAGAAAGUUGAAGGUGACACGGACGGAGGGGAAAUUGGCAGCAAACUGGGCAAGAAGUGGCGCAACGCCAUCUCCCGCACCAUGACCCGCAAGACCUCCAAGAUGGUGCAGAAGUUUCUGGCUGAGGAGGGGGCUCUUCAGGGGGAGAGCAGUGAGCAAAUGUCCCCCAUGUCGCCCAAUUGGGGGAGCCAGAGGACGUCCACGUGCUCUACGGGCUCAGAGGACACCGUGUCCAGUCCUGUCACCUGCCCAUUUUCCGGCAACAGCGACAGACAGAGCCCGGACAGCGGUUACUGCCAGAGGGACAGCGUGAGACUGGACGAGAACGUGGUCUCAUUCAACGGACCUUUCUGCGGCCGAGCCGUGGCGCACACCGACUUCACUCCCAGUCCUUAUGAGGUGGACUCCCUGAAACUUCAGAAAGGUGACAUCAUCCACAUCAUUGAGAAGCCUCCCGUGGGCACCUGGACAGGCAAACUCAACCACAAGGUGGGCUCCUUUAAGUUCAUCUACGUCAACCUCCUGCCGGACGAGAGCCCCCCGGUCAGGCGCAGACGUUGUGACAGCAAGACUAACCGAAACAAGUCCAAACCGUCGACCCUGGAGGAGGUCCUGGACUGCAUUGGUCUGACGGAGUUGACUUCCUUGCUGUCCAUGCAUGGAUUCCAGACCCUGGAAGACUUCACGGACCUAAGGGAGUCUCACCUCAAUGAGCUGAACAUCACCGACCCGGAUCAACGCGCCGAGAUCCUGAGUGCCGUCGACCUGCUCAGAGACUCUGAGGAUGAAUCCAGUCCGCAGCAGGAAGGAGAGGAGGUGGAGGACAGAUCCGAGGAGGACGCCAAGGAGCCGAGGGACUCGGGCUGUUUCGAGAGCGCUGAGCACCUGGAUGUGAGGCCUGAGGAGGCUAAACCAGACAAGGAGUUUCACGAUGAGGAGACGGAACAGGAGGAAAAGAUGGCUGAUGUCCAACAACACCUGCAACAGCUGAAUGUGCAAGACGCAUGUUGAAGAGUCCACAAUGGUUCAUGUAAAUGUUUUUCAUGGUGGUUAUGGGGGAGUUUUUGGACAGAAGCGGUGAGAACUCUCCAUCCAAAUCUGUUGUACUUUGGUAAACAAACUGCUUCGUGUGGGUUCCAAGAAAGUGACCUUUUCAAAUUGUCAUUAUCUUCUUGUUUUGUGAUUGCAUUUCACCCUUCAGUAGGGAGUAGUCUUUUUACUCGUACUAUGAGCUGUAUUACACUCUUCCACGUGCUGUAAAAUGAUUCUUUUGUAGUGUCUCCCAUUUGUGCAUCUUAAUGACAAUUCAUAAUGAACACUGAAAACAUUA